CCCAAGUCACAGAGCAAAAUGAAGGCCCUAUACCAGACUGCUGGUCGGACUCUCAUCACUCUGGGGAGUCUCAGCAUCUUCUCUGGAGUUAUUGCUUUUUUCCCUGUCUUUUCUUACAAGCUCUGGUUCACUGGAUGGAGUGUCCAUAUUGCUUGUCCCAUCUGGAAUGGAGCUUUGGCUAUCACAGCUGGAGUGCUUGUACUGUUGGCUUACAAAGAGUGGACCCAGAGAUACCUGUGGGAAGCUAGCUUCACCUUUGUGAUUCUGAGCAUUAUGGGAUGUCCACUUCAUUUUGCAAUAGCCUUGGAAUCUGCUCUCCUUGGCCCAUAUUGCUUCUACUCAUUUUCAGGGAUCGCAGGGACCAAUUAUCUUGGUUACGCCAUUGCCUUUCCUUUUCCGUAUGCAAAAUUCCCAUCGGUUUGCGUGGACCCCCUUCACUAUGAAGAGUACCACCUGACGCUUCAAGCCCUUGAUCUGUGUCUGAGCUUUGCUCUGCUCUGUGCAUCUCUGAUGGUGUUCAUCAAACUUUCUGCAAGACUAAUCCAGCAUGGACACAUAAAUGUGUCCUGCAAACAUAUACAGUACUCAAGAUGUUCAUGAGAAAACCGAUCAUCUGUUCCUCAACAACUGCUCCUCUUCCUGCAUCUCUAGCUCAGUUCCCAGCAUUCAUGACCAGUCAGAGACCUGGAGUCAUCCUAGACUCCCCACACCUUCCUCAGUCACCAAAUCUGACAAUUGCAACUCUGAAGGACCACUCGACAGUGUCCACCUCCCUCUGUACUGACUGUGAUGGCUCUGGCUCUGCCCUCCUUGCUUUACUCAGACUUCUUUGUCACCAGUCUUGUCUGUCAAGAAGCGUUCUUCACAAAGGAAGGAAGGAAGAAAGGAAAGGAAUGGAAGGAAGGAAGGAAAUCCCAAGAGUAAAGCUUUUGCAAAAGCCAAAGAAGAAGUGUCCUCCAAAUAGGUUCUAGAAUGAGCUCUCUCAAGUUCAAAUCGGCCCUUAUUACUCCCUGACUAAAUCCCUUUUGGACUUCACACUCAGGAUGCAGCCGAACCUCCUUCCAGUGACAUUCAGAUGUAUCCAGCUCCUCUCCUAGACUGUGAGUUCCUCCAAAGCAGGGACUGUCUAUGUUACUUCCUCUAUGUGACCUUUUUCCU